GUAGUCGGUCGGGCGCGCGCCGCCCUCGCGGGGUGGACCCCUGCGGCUGGCUCCUUUGUGCACCGCGAAGGGCGCUGCAGAAGCGAGGUCGGUGCCAGACCCCACUCUGGCCUCCUUUCACCUCGGACCGUCUGAGGCUGAAGAGCGGGAAAUACCGGAGGCGGGAGCUGGGUGCAGGAGAAAGUGCGCGGGAGUUCGGUGGCCGGAGCUGGUGGGGAGCCGCUGCUGUCCGCGGGGAAGGUCCGCGCAGGGCUGGUCUGUUGCUGGUGGAGCGGCACUGUCUGACCAGUCCACCUGAGAGGAGGACGUCUGUAGGGCAGCGAGGCGGCCCACAGGACAUGAGGAAGAAAGCAGAAAAGGAGGGCCUCCUUGCACCUCAGGGUUGCACUCAGUUGGCCAGAUGUGGACAUUACUAGACCAUGAUUCUGGAUGCCUUAGGAUAUCCAAUCUUCAGCUUCUCCUGCCACAGCCUCCGUGAAAGUGCAGCUGCCUUUUCUAUAGAGCACGGGAUUGAGAUGGAGCUGUGAAGAGUGUGGUCGCCAGCACCCGCAGCCUUGGGUUAAAUAAUCACUCCAGUCAGCAGGAGUCCCAGCAUGUGAACUGGACCUGACCAGCUGAAGGAGAACCGCUCUUGAGGCAGCCCACAAGACCAGGACAGACAGGGAGAUUUGAACUGCACCAAAGUAUCAACAACAAUCAGUCUGUUUCUGAAGAACUGGAGUUUCAGGAUCAGCAAUGAAAAGUCUCAGAGGGAAUGGUGUCCAGGGUCCUGACAGUGAAGAAGGCUGUAAGAGACAGAGCCAKUCAUCAAGGCGGGUAAAAUGUCCUGCACAGAAAAAACUCUCUUUUGAGAAAACAGCAAUGAAGCAAGAAUCAGUGACGUUGAAGGAUAUUUUCAAUGGGGCAGGACACCCUGAGUCCACUGACUUUGGACCAAGGUCCAACCUUGGUGUACAACAGAAAAUUCCAAAGGGAGAUAAAUACCCUAUAUCCAGGGAACACUCCAAAGAUAGCCCAGAAUUCAUUCAACACCCAAAACUCCUCCCACAAAAGAAACCCUGUAAAGGCAACCCCUGUGGGAGGGCUUCUGGACGCCAGUCAGGCCUUAUUGUUCACAGGAGCAUUCAUGGCAGAGGAAAGCCUUUUGGAUGCCGMGAGUGUGGCAGGACUUUCAGUCGAAGCACACACCUUAUUGAACAUCAAAGAACUCACACUGGAGAGAGACCUUAUGAGUGCAGCGAAUGUGGAAGGGCCUUCAGCCGGAGCACACAUCUUSGUCUGCAUCAGAGGAUCCACACUGGAGAGAAGCCCUACGAGUGCCAGGAAUGCGGAAAGGCCUUCAGCCGGAGCACUAACCUCAACCAACAUCAGCGAACUCAUACUCAGGUGAAGCCUYAUGAGUGUGGUGCAUGUGGGCAAGCCUUCAGUGACCGGUCAACCGUAAUCCAGCACCAACGCAUACACACUGGAGAGAAUCCCUACAAGUGCAGUCAGUGUGGGAAAUCCUUCAGCUGGGUCUCCUCUCUCUCGGAACACCAGAGAACACACACAGGGGAGAAUCCCUAUGAGUGCAGCGACUGUGGGAAGGUGUUCAGUCGCAGCUCCUCCCUUUCUGAGCACCAGCGGACCCACACUGGGGAGAAGCCCCAUGUGUGCAGGGAGUGUGGAAAAGGCUUCAGUCGCAGCUCCUGCCUCAGGACUCACCAGAGAACGCAUACCGGAGAGAAGCCUUACUUAUGCCAUGCCUGUGGGAAGGCCUUCAGUCAKAGCUCGACUCUUGUCAGACACCAGCAGCUUCACACUGAGGAGCAAUGCUGAGCCUGCACCAGGCUCCACAAGAGCACCUGCACGUCCUCCUCACAGAACGCCUGGAUUCAGACACUUGGACCACUAGCCACCCCAGUUUCAACCUUUCUUCCACCCCUUUCUCUGCUUCUUUCCUUCUCCUCCUUCCUCUCACUCUCCCCGAAAUGCUCAAAUGAGUGAUCAGUAAAACAAAGGGAUGGCCUUCAGAGGCUAACAUGCUCAAUCUCGUGUUCUGAAAGGCUCCAACCUUCGCACACACAGCUGCCUGRCACUCUGUGGUUUGUCACCUUGAUUUUCCAUAGGGCUUGAGUCUCCACUCAGUGAAUCAUGUUUCCCAACCACUUCUGACCAGUUUGGGAUAGUGGUAUUGAGGCAAAUCUCCUGACUUAGAAAAACAGAUUUUUCUUGUCUCCCACCCUUGCCUUUUCACCAUAGUAUUUUCCCUCAAAGAAUAAUCCAUAGUUUUACUAAUGUGCCUAACGAAUCCUGAUUUCCU